AUGCUGAAAAUCAACAGGAGUUGUGUUGACACGAGAACAUGCUCAACUCAAAGGCAAGACACCCGCAAACGAGGACGAAAGACCAGAAACUUGCAUCUGAACGAGGCAUACAGUAGAUUGAAUGAUUUGAUUGAAGAUGGACUUAGUGAAGAAUCUGCUUCAAAGCUGACUUCAAGCAUUGUCUCGCUUGUCUCAUUUGAUGGUGAAAAGAUCUAUUCUCAAAGCACAGGAAUAGUUGUUGAAAAUGAUCAAUUCAGUGCAUCUUUCCUGACAUCUAAAGAUUUGAUUAGAAAAAAAUCAGCUUUUGUUCCUGGAUUACAGAUAAAAGUGUACCUACCAAAUAGGGAAGUAGUGAAUGGACUUGUGCAAUACUACAGUGCGAAGUGGCGUAUGGUUGUUGUAACCACUAAGCCCUCCCCUCAUCUUGUCACAGCAUGUCUUGGUAACAUAAUGCAAGCUGAGUCUUCUAGUGGCUUAUUUGCUAUAACUUGUUGCUAUAAGACGGGCAACUUAUUGGUCACAACUGGGACGCUGGCUAGCAGUCCAAGUGGACUUGAAGGAAUCAUGCAGUCCACGUGCCAAAUCUCUGUGGAUGGAAGCGGCGGACCUCUUGUUUCACCUGAUGGGAAUAUUGUUGGGAUGAACCUCUGUACGGAAGAGAGUACAACCCCAUUCAUACCAACAGAUCAAAUUUAUGAUUGUUUGCGCAAGCUUGCGAUACGGACCUAUUUGGAGAAUUUCACACCAUUGAGCUCCAGUUCAGAAGGUAUCUCCAGUCUAGAUACCAUUAUAGGUAGCUCAAGUGAGGGAAGUGAAAAUAAGAACCAGGAUGCUAAUGUUGAGUGGUGUGACCUCAGUCAAGAACUUGCUUCAAAGUUGUCCCCAAGCAUUGUCUCCCUUGCUUCAUUUGAUGGUGGAGAGACGUUGCAUUCUGAAUGCACAGGCAUGGUUAUUGACAGCGAAUCGUGUUCUGCCUCUUUUCUUACUACUGGAAGUUUGUUUGGAUCAUUAGAUCCAGAACUCUGGAGCAAAGUGGUGAUCAAAGUGCGCCUUCCAAAUGACGAAGUGGUCCAUGGGUGGCUGGACUAUUAUAUGUCCAAAAACAAUAUCGCUGUUGUCACCACAGAUUCAUUGCUGGUGCCCUACUUUCAUCUUCGCGUAGCAUGUCUCGACAAUAACGUGCGAGUUGAGUCAGCUGCUGGCGUAUUAGCUGUAAGGCGGUACUUUGACUCAGGCAAAUUAGUGUACACCGGAGGGUCACUGACUGGUGGAAUUCAGAACAAAGAGCUUAAUUCAUCACUCACUGGUGGAAUUCAAAACAAAGAGCUUAAUUUUUCCACAUGCAAAAUCAAUGAGGUUGCCAGUGGAGGACCACUUGUUGAUCGUGAUGGGAAUAUUGUCGGCAUGAACUACUAUGGUGGGGAAACAACUCCAUUCCUACCAAGUAAUCUAAUUGUUGAACAGUUGGGGCCUGAAAUAUAUCGGGCUUCAAGUAAACAGGAUCAUUGCUGUACAAAUGAGAUACAAGAAUCUUCCACACCUUGUAGCAAUGACCCAAAAGAACUCACUGACAAUGAACUUGAAUGCAUACUUGCUCCCUGGAUUGCCUCUCCUGGGAAAUUUGAUGAAUUUGAAGUUAGAGCAAAUGAGAUGUUAAGGACUGCUGGUUAUCCCUUGCCAAAGUUUGCUGAUGAUGGCAUGUACUUGAAAGGGACUUUCGACGAUGAAUUUGGCAGAGAGAAUUGGAGUGAACGCACUAGGAGAGUUGCUUCAAAGAUGUCUCGAAGUGUUGUGGCACUUGCUUCAUUCAUUGUAGAAUCUGAUUCUGCUGAGGAACUCAGUAAGGAAAAGAAGAAAACAUUUUGCUUGCUCAGGUGUAUUUAUAGAAUGCGAUGGAUCCACUACAAGUGUACUGACUUCAGCAAGUUUGGUUAG